GAGCUCGGCGGAUUCAACGAAGUUCAGUUCACAUUUACAGCAAUAACCACAACUUUUAUGAUGUCAAAGAAACGUGUUUGUAUCAUCGGAGCAGGGGCCGCUGGGCUCGGGUCUUUAAGGUAUUUUGUUGAAAAUCCGGAGACUUUUGAAGUUAUUGCCUAUGAACAAGCCCCUUGCAUUGGAGGAAACUGGGUUUAUACCGAUGGAACUGGUAGUGAUAAAUCGGGACAACCCAUCCACAGCAGUCUAUACAAAUCGUUGAAGAUUAAUAUCCCUAAAGAAAUUAUGGCCUAUCCUGACUUUCCAUUCGAUUCAAAUCUCUCAAGUUUUGUCGGCCAUGAAGAGGUAUUGAAAUAUUUGAACAGCUACACGGAACAUUUUAAUCUAAAACCAAGUAUACAGUUUAACAUCAGAGUGAUAAUGGUGAAACCUAAGCAUACCGGUCAAGGAUUGUGGGGAACCAAAUGGGAUGUUGAAGUUCAACAGCUAAACAACCCUAGUACCACAACGAAGAGGGAGUUUGAUGCCGUUAUUGUCUGUAAUGGGCAAUAUGCAGUACCAAAACUACCUGAUGUUCCUGGCCUAAAUAUAUUUCAAGGAACUACCAUUCAUGGGCAUUCAUACCGCGAACCCUCGAUCUUUAAAGACAAGUAUGUUCUUACAGUUGGCGCUUCGUUCUCCGGAUGGGAUAUCACAAUUGAAACUGCUUCUACUGCAAAACAAGUAUAUUUAAGCCACCGUGGGGAACAGAAAAUGAAGGCUCUUCCAACCAAUGUUACAAUGGUAACCGGCAUCAAAUCAUUCACCAAGAACAGCGUCAUUCUUAAUGAUGAUCGAGAACUAACCAUUGAUGCAAUAAUCUUUAAUACGGGCUACAAGCAUAGCUUUCCCUUUUUAUCACCGAAUUGUGGAGUUGAAGUCACUGAGGACAACACCGUACGACCCUUAUAUAAGCACACGUUAAACAUCACCAAUCCAACAAUGUCAUUCAUAUGCUUGAUGGAAUGGAUGUUGCCAUUUCCAUGCAUAUCCAUACAAGCUAGAUUUAUUAAAGCUGUCCUUGAAGAGAGACUAAAACUUCCCUCUGAAAAGGAGAUGACAGGGAGUGAGCAGGAGGAAAUGCACAAGCGAGAAGAGCGGAACUGGCCACCGAGAUAUCGACACAGGAUGGAAGAUCUGAUGUUUGAGCUGUGUGACGAUAUGGCGCGUGAUGCAGGCGUGCAACCACUCCCUGUCUUCCUUCGGAAAAUCUUCGACUACCACUUCCCAAAGUUAUACGAGGAUAUUAGAGAAUGCAGAAAAAUCAACUACAGAAUAAAGGGAUCUGAUCAAUUUGAAAUUUUAUAG